AUGCAGCCGUUUGGCCGUGCCGUCUGGAGGCAUGGCAGGAUAGGGCUGGAGCUGGCAGCGAGGCCGGCUGCAAAGCCCAGCUUCAGCCUCAGCUUCAGCCCGGCAAGGACGCCCUCGACCGGCUACAUCCGCUGCCGCAUUCCAGUCGCCGCCUUUCCCGCCCGCUUCUACUCCUCCCAGCCCUCCAGCGACGCCGACAAGUCCCCCAGUCCUCCGCAAUCCCAGUCCGUCCCUGAACCCGACAGCCCGGAGUCGACGGCUAAAAAUGCAUCGUCAGCCGAUUCUCCGUCCCCCUCGUGGUCUAAGCCGGACUGGCUGGAGCUGCCGUCGAUAUCGGAGGAGCGGCGGAGCGCCUUGAACAAGAGAUUUAGCGGCCUUAUGGACAAUCUCCAGUCCAAGGUGCUCAAUGCCUCGCAAAAGCUCAAUGAGAUCACCGGCUACACGAGCAUCGACGCCAUCAAGAUGGAAAACGAGCAAUUGGAGCAGCGCCUGGCCGAGGCCCAGGCCCGCGUCCGGGCAGCCAGACAGGCGUACAAGACUUCGAACAACAAGCGGGCAUCGACUCAGCGCGAGGUCACGACGCUGCUUGCCCGCAAGGACACCUGGACACCCGCGGACCUCGAGCGCUUCACCGAACUGUACCGAACGGACCACAUCCUCGAGGGCGAGGUCAUCACGGCGCAGGAGAACUUGACCGAGGCCGAGGCCGACGAGCAGAAGCUGAGCCAAAAGCUCAGCGCCGGCAUCCUGAAACGCUACCACGAGGAGCAAAUCUGGAGCGACCGCAUCCGGAGGGCCUCGACCUGGGGCACCUGGGGCCUGAUGGGCAUGAACUUUAUCCUCUUUGUGGUGCUGCAGUUUGUGGCCGAGCCCUGGAAGCGGAAGAGGCUGGUCAAGGGCGUCGUGGCAGAGGAGAAGCGCGUCCUGGACGAGGUUCAAUCCGAGCUGGCCGUCAUCAAGUCCAGCCUGAACCAGAUGGCCGAAGCCGCCGCAGCUGCCCGAGCUGCCGAGGCCGCCAGGAACAUGGUGCCGGACGAGGAGGCCGAGAGGCUCAUCAACCUGGACAAGAUCAAGGAGGCCUGGCACUACACCCUCUCAGGGGCCUGGAUCCUCAGCUUUGAAGAGUUGAAGCAUGUCCUGGUGCAGUGGAAAAACCUUGUGACCGACGUCAACGUCUGGAAGGCGGGCUUCGAGGAUCUGAUCAGCGAGCGCCAGCUGGACAUGCGCAUGCGGGACGCAUCUGCCCUGGUGCUUGAGGGCAUCAUCAGCGGCAUAGCCAUUGCUUGGAGCAUGGGAGCGUUGUUUGCACGGAAAUGAUGAUGACGACGACGACGACGACGAUGACGAAGACGUAGACGACAGACGGGCGGUGUUGAUCUGAUAGACAUGUAUUCUAACGAUUCGACUUCUUGAUGUAAUAUAGACACAGUACCAUAUGGGCCUUGAACGGGAUAUACAAGGAGCUUUUUAGUUUAGACGCAUAUAGCGCGGCGGAUCGAACGA